UAGUUUAUGCGUGGCAAUGGAACAUUUAGUUUAUUCUCAGAGUCCCUUAGAAUAUAUGUGGGUUCUCGCCAUAGUUUGAGUAGGUCAAACCACGGGCUGCUCUAUUUUGUAGUUUUUGUAAUUUAUUUCAUAAAGUUAUCCCACAGUUUCCCCAAACAAUGUUGCAAUAGUCAAAGUGUGACUGUAUCAGAGCUUGUUAUAUUAGAUGUAAGGUUGCUUGAGGGACAAGGUGCCUCAUUUGUUUUAUGGCCCCAAUGCUGGAAGCGACUUUCUUUGGUACUUUUUCAAUGUGGCCACUCCAAUCAAGUUUGUCAUCGAUGGUCACUCCAAGUGAUUUUGCAGUAGUCACCUGGCUUACUUGAGAGUCAUUAAUUGCAAGUGUCGGGGAUUCUGUGAGAGUACUUAGCCUCUGCCUAGAUCCAAGAAGCAUGAAUUUGGUUUUAGUCAUAUUUAGAGUGAGUUUGUUUGCUGUCAGCCAAUUUUGAACAUUUUCUAAAUCUUGAUUUAGAUGCAACUGAACAUUGUCUGCAUUGUCACCUGCAUAUGUCCAUCCUCGGUUCAUAAUUUGAUAGAAAGUUCAUACUGUUAUUUAUUUUCAGACUUGAGUUUGGAACUGCCGCUCAACCACCUGCUACUCCUCAAUCAGGAGCAGAAAAACCUGUCACACCAACUGGAGAGAGACCCACUUCUGCCAGUAAGGCUGCUGAAACAAAGACCAAUGACAUCCUGGCUAUGAUCUCACCAGAAGGAGAGAGAGUUGGGCUUACAAAGGGCUUGAAGGCUCGAGGUAAUGUGGAAGACUGGCUGGGCAAGGUUGAGGAGUCCAUGGUGUCCUCCCUCAGGAAACUGGCUAAAGCUUCCAUUGCUGAUUAUGAAAGCAGAGCGAGGGAGGAGUGGGUGACACUUCACCCCAGUCAGAUUGUUCUAACAGUUUCUCAGACCAUGUGGUGUAAGGACAUCACUGAAUGUUUGAUCACAGAAGGUGACAGACUAGAAGCCAUGAAGGGAGCUGAACAGAUGUGUGUUCAGAAUCUAAACAAGCUUGCAGCUUUGGUUCGUGGAGAACUUCCUAAACUAACCAGAAACAUUCUCUGUGCUUUAAUCACUAUCGAUGUACAUGCCAGGGAUAUAGUCACGGGAAUGGUGGAACAUCAGGUUGAUAAUGUGAACAGUUUUGAGUGGGUCAAACAGCUGCGUUAUUAUUGGGAUCCAGAUCUGGACAACUGCGUAGUGCGCAUGUCCAACUCUUUAUACAUAUAUGGUUAUGAGUAUCUUGGUGCUUCAGCUCGCCUGGUUAUCACUCCACUAACGGAUCGUUGCUACUUGUGCUUGAUGGGAGCAUUACAACUUGAUCUAGGAGGAGCACCUGCAGGGCCUGCUGGGACUGGAAAAACUGAGACCACUAAGGAUUUAGCAAAGGCACUCGCUAAACAGUGUGUGGUGUUCAACUGUUCUGAAGGAUUGGACUUUAAAAUGAUGGGACGGUUUUUCUCUGGCUUGGCUCAGUCAGGGGCCUGGUGCUGUUUCGAUGAAUUCAACAGGAUUGACAUUGAAGUGUUGUCUGUUAUCGCCCAGCAGCUUCUCACCAUUAGAAACGCUAAGGUGGCAAAGGCAUCCCGUUUCAUGUUUGAAGGCCGUGAAAUCAAACUCAUUCCAAGCUGUGCAGCAUUUAUCACUAUGAACCCAGGAUAUGCUGGUCGCACAGAAUUGCCAGAUAACUUGAAAGCCUUGUUUAGACCAAUGGCUAUGAUGGUACCAGACUACGCCUUGAUUGCUGAAGUAAUUCUGUACUCGGAAGGCUUUGAAUCUUCUAAAAACCUUGCUCGUAAGAUGGUCCAAAUGUACCGACUGUGCAGCGAACAGCUCUCGCAACAGGAUCAUUAUGACUUUGGUAUGAGAGCAGUCAAGUCUGUGCUUGUUAUGGCUGGGGCGCUCAAGAGAGGAAAUCCAAGUCUGAAUGAAGAUAUUGUAUUGAUAAGAGCUCUCAGGGACAGUAACUUGCCCAAGUUUCUUAAACAGGAUGCUGAGCUCUUUAGAGCCAUCCUAUCAGAUCUUUUUCCUGGCAAGGAGAUUCCAGAUCACGAUUAUGGCAAAUUGCAGGCCACCAUAGAAGAUUGCUUGCUAAAGAAGGGUUGUCAGGUUGUUCCAUCUAUGGUGAAAAAGACAAUUCAGUUGUAUGAGACAAUGAUUGUUAGACAUGGUGUUAUGACUGUAGGACCCACUGGAGGAGGAAAGACUACAAGCUAUGAGAUACUUAAAGACACUCUCACGACGUUGCACGAUGAAGGAGAUGAAAACCCUUAUUACCAAAAAGUGCGUACAUACGUGCUGAAUCCCAAGGCUGUUAGCAUGGGUGAGCUUUAUGGAGAGAUUAACAAGCUUACAAUGGAGUGGAGAGAUGGACUCAUGGCUAUCACAGUCCGAGUCUGUGUUCAGGACACAACUGAAGACCACAAGUGGAUUGUAUGUGAUGGGCCUGUGGACGCCUUAUGGAUCGAAAACAUGAACACAGUUUUGGAUGACAAUAAGAUGCUUUGUUUAGCCAACAGUGAGAGAAUCAAGCUCAACAACACUAUGCAUAUGUUGUUUGAGGUGCAGGAUCUUGCCGUGGCCUCUCCUGCCACAGUCAGCCGGUGUGGUAUGGUGUACAUGGACCCCAAUGAACUAGGAUGGAGGCCUUAUGUUAAGUCUUGGAUGCAAAGAACUUGUACAAAAAUUAAAGAUGAAACCAAGGAAUAUCUCAUGAACUUGUUUGAGAACUACGUGGACAAUGGACUGAACUUUGCACGGAAGAAAUGUGUGCAAGCCAUGCAGCAGGUGGACAUAAACAAAGUGACAACUAUGUGUUGUCUUCUGGAGAGCUUUUUCUUCCCGGAGAAGGGUGGUCCAGAUUUCAACAUGGAUACAAACAAGCUGCAUUCCCUCAUCUGUACCACGUUUCUCUUCGUCUUUCUAUGGAGUGUAGGUGGUAACCUGGUCGAGACCUCCAUGGAUGCUUUUGACACAUUUACAAGGGACUUGUUCUCAGAUACACAUGAUGUUAAGUUGCCAGGCUCAGGUGAUCUUUUCAGCUACUUUGUGGACUUUGACACACGCCGCCUUGAACCAUGGGAAAAGAUCAUUCCCUCAUUCAAGUACAGCUCAGCUAUACCGUACUUUGACCUGCUAGUGCCCACUGUGGAUACCGUCCGGUUUGGCUUCCUGAUGGAGAAACUGCUGGCUAUUAACAGGUCUGUCAUGUUUACUGGAACUACUGGUGUCGGCAAGGUAAGACUGUCUUUAAAUCACCUGUAUGGUCACAUGCAACUGAAAGCUUUUUAAGGUCAUGUCAAAUGACCUAUCGAUGCAACGCUUUGAUCUGGCCCCAGAAGUCACUUGUAUAUUGUGACUUCAACUUCUCCCUCUCGCAUGACUGUUCACGCUAAGUACACCAAUUCGGGAACGAAAUAAUAUGAGCAACGUAAUCUGACUCCUUAUAAAACUUAGCUACGUUAGAAUUAUCAAAUAGACUCAUUGUAGCAUAAUGGGAAGCAGGUCAUGAAAGACAUUUUGUUUGAAUGGAAACUGCAUCAAUAUAACGAUGAGCAAUAAACACAUGUGUUAAUGUUACAAACAUGACAAACUCUCGCCU